GGGCCGGGGGUGCGGCCCCGCGGCCCCAGCCGUAGGCACGGGCACCUCCCUGGCGCUCUCCUCGCUGCUCUCGCUGCUGCUUUUCGCCGGGAUGCAGAUGUACAGCCGGCAACUGGCCUCCACCGAGUGGCUGACCAUCCAGGGCGGGCUGCUGGGCUCCGCGCUCUUCGUCUGCUCCCUCACCGCCUUCAACAACCUGGAGAACCUCGUCUUCGGCAAGGGCUUCCAGGCCAAGAUAUUCCCGGAGAUCCUCACCUGCCUCUUGCUGGCUCUCUUUGCCUCUGGCCUCAUUCACCGAGUCUGUGUGACCACCUGCCUCAUCUUCUCCAUGGUCGGCCUCUACUACAUCAACAAGAUCUCCUCCACCCUCUACCAGUCCGCAGUGCCCAUCGCUGCUCCCGCCAAGGCUGUCGGCAAAGGCAGGAAGAGGAACUGACAGCCUGCUGCCCCUUCCCUCGGGCUGCCCCCUCCCCUUGGGGCUCUCAGCUGCCCAAUA